UAUUGAUCGGGUUUGGUAUUCACUGAUUCAGUCGCUAAAGCGAUAGAAGGGCUUCUUUAAUUAUGCAUUAUUUGCAUUGAUCGAACAUUGUUUGAGGAGUACGAACGUUUUCUGUACCGGAGGUGGACGAACGUUUCCUGUUCCUGGGGUGGACGGAUAAUUUCUGUUCUGGAGGUGGACGGGUGUUUUCUGCUCAAAUGUGCUAUCCACCAUGUAUGUAACUUACGUAUUGCUAAUCUCUGUUCUUAUUGGAUCCGCGCCCGAUACUUUAGGUAUUAUCAUUGACGUUCAGACCUCCAACUGUGAUCCGCCCCUACACAGGAACGCUUCGUCAAGUGCUCAAGUGAUUUCGAUCAAACCCUCAACCAAAAUUGCAUGUACAUGGGUAAUUCACGUGGAUGAGGACAACUGUCUAGAAAUUUAUGCUAACGAUGGCGCGGGUCUUGUUGGGGCGUCAUUAGCAAUUGAAGACGACAGUGGUUUGGAGAUCCGCCCCUUUGUGAAUACGACAUUAUGUUCCUCUCAUCAAGUGAACAUUUAUUACCGUCAUAAUGUUUCAAGUGUCCGGGUGCCUGGUACCAACAUGGACCUUUAUUUCCUGGCCGUACCUGCACGGGGACACACGGCAGUCAAUGAUGUCAGAACAACCACCACUUCAAUAGGAUCCACAGACGACGGUGGCGGAUCAAGUCCCGCUGUCAUUGCAGUGGCAGUUAUCAUUCCCUUAUUGUUAAUCAGCAUCGGCGCUUGUAUAUUCUACGUAUGGUACAGGCGGAAGUACCCAGUGCGCAUGAUCAUGGGAAAAGACUUUGGCAAGUUCAGUAACCCUGUAUACAAUAAGCGUGCCUCCACGGCGACGCUCGUGAGAGAAGGCGCAUCUGUAGACGAUUACCAGCGUGAUAUAGAGGUGGGCGCCGCGUAUACCGGCGUCGCCCAUGAUAACCCAGCUCUAAACAUGGAGGAUGAUCCGCAAUAUCAACCAAUCCCGGCAAUGACACAAUCUUUUAUGUCCUAUUCUAAGUAUAGGCGUAGUUUUGACGAUUCACCAAAGUUAGAGAAGAAAGCCCCCGAAAAACCGCGAAGAAUAUACACAAGCAAUCAAUUGGAAUCUGAGGAUUUCGACGACAAAACAGGAAAGGAUGGCGAUCACGUGACAGAAGACUCGCAAUCAGCUGUUUCCCAACAUGAUACUGAAUCCACGAAGGGUCAGAUAAAAACGGACGAAAGUUCUCCAGUAUAUGAAAACGUUGAAACUAAUUUUAUCGAAAAAGCCAAUAUGAAUGACACUACUAGUGAAAUGACGUCAGGAGAAAUUGAAAAUGACGUCAGUCCUAAAAAUGAGGAACCUUCCAGAGGCUUUUCCUCAGAAUAUGAAGAUGUUUUGCCCACAGAGGACGAACAUACAUACGACAUAGCAUUACAAAAGUCGGAAAAGUCAGGUUCCAUAGAUGUACCAAGUGACGAUUCUCAAAUUUACGAGAAUCUAUCCAUCAGCGGUGAGAAGGAAAAUGUUGACAAAGCUCACACGACCGUCAUUGAUAACGAACAGAUAAGUAUACAUGGACAAAAUCAGUCGCAUAUCGGUAUAAACGAACAAGACGAGUCACAUUCUGGUACAAACGAACAAGUCGAGUCACAUUCUGUUACAAACAAACAAGACGACUUACAAAACGAAGGCUGUUCUGACGAUUCCAGUUCAGAGAAGAGUGAUGCUGACCAUGAACUCCAGAAUUCUAGCCAACCAACUGACCCGCAGAUCCAAGAAUCAUUAUAUGAUGAAUCAUUCGUUGUUCCUGAUAAAUCUGGUUCCUCUGGAAUCGAAAUCAGAAAAACGGAAGAUCUUACUGAACAAAAUAGAACACAAGAGACUACGCAUUUGGAAAAUGGAAGCUUGGAGGAUGUCAGAGAAACGCUUCAAGAUCAGUCUAUCAUCGUCCAUGAUGACAGCCAUGCAGGAAAUGUGGAAUCUGUAGACAGAUCAAUCGAAGUCGACGAGAAUUUGAACAUAUCCGUGUCAUCGAUAUCCGAUCCCGAUGGGAAAAGCUUUGACAGUGCUUCCUCGUUUGUGUCGCAUGAAUUGAAAUCCAUCGAAGAAUCUUCUGAUCCGUUUGAAGUUUCAACAUCUACAGAAAAUAUCAAGGAUGAAACGAGCAUAUCUACUAACGAGAAAACAGAAGUAACAGCGAAAGAAAAUUUACGCGAAGAACACAGUGAUAUACAAAAAAAUGCCGAACAAACUUCAUCUCUAGCGAAAACAAUCAAACCGGAUUUGAAUAUUUCCUUUCAGGAUUCGAGUGAAAGUGAGGCAAGUGAUAAUGAAGACGAGGUUCGGAACGAAGAAACCUCUUCGAAUAGAACCGGCGAACGUCGAGAAAGUUUGACGCGGAAGAUUGCAAUAGAUCGCGGCGGGAUAUCUUUUGAUGAUUCUAGCACGUCCUCUGUUUCCGAUGCCUCAGAUGUCGAGGACAAAACACCAAACGUCAACAAACGAGAAAGCAUCAUCUUAGAUAACCCUACUUUUGAUACGACGAAUGUCAAUGAAUCACUCACGUUCAUGCCUGACGAGACUCUCGAUAAAUCGGAACAACCACGUGGUCUAGAAAGGAGAGAUAGCAUAACGUUAGACGACCCUCUCUUCGCGAAAGAUUCUGAAAUCACAUCGGAACCGGAAGUAUCCCCAACUAACGGUUUUCAUGUGAUUGAAGCGGAACUGCUAGAGAAGCCGAUCAUUGAAAACGAGACAGUUGAUAAAAGUCCCUUGCAGCAAAGAAAGGUUUUGAAGAUAAACAUUGAUAUUGAUAAUGAUGAUCUAGACUCGGAUGGAGUUAGCGUUGACAGCGAAGUCGAUUCGAAUUCCGACCCCGAUUCUUCAACUGAAGCGUAACUCGAUUUAGCAUUUUGGCUCUUUCAUUUUCAAGAAUAGUUGAAGUGUCGACUGCUUCAUAUAUCAAGUAGUCCCUAAAGCCCAAUCGAUGAGGAUUGACUCUUCAUGGUUAAACUUGUAAAAUGUUCGAAAAUGCAAUUGGACAUUAGAAUUGUAAUAUUGAUAUCAAUAUGCCAUGAGAAUGAAUUCUGAAGUAAUACUCAUAUAUAAUUUUGUAGUGAAAUAAUUCUUAAGCUGAUCCCCAAGGUUUGUUUCUAUUUCAUUUUCCAAUCAAUGGAAAGGUAUAUGGAAUAUCUCAUUUCCGAUGUUAGAAGAUAGACUCCCUCUGAUUGGCUAUACUCCUGUUUUAUCAUGAUGUAACUAGAUAGACUCCAUCUGAUUGUCCUUUUCCCAAAGAAUCUUACAAUUAAGAUGAAAAGUUUAAAACACUGUGAUUGUUAUCCAAUUCUUCACUCAUAUAUUUCCAAAUGAGCAAACUUUAAGUAUAUACAUAGGAGAAAUACUGUCAUUCUUACUCGGGUCAUAGUUGCUCUCAAUUGAGUAUAAAACAGAGACAUUUUUUUAUAUUUCUUUGCGAAAAUGGGCAAUGCUUCAUCAGUAUGUAACUAUAUAGACGCCCUCUGAAUGACUAUGUUCGUUUUAUCUGCAUGUAUAAUUAAAAAGUUACAUUACAA